UGACUAUCACAAGAAACAGAAUGCCCUCAGAGCACUUCAGAAGAAAGCUCUGGACAAGAAUCCUGAUGAGUUCUACUUUAAAAUGAUACGUGCAGAGGUCCAGGAUGGGGUUCAUGUAAUAAAGCAGCCAAAGGAUGAAGUGACCCCUGAACAGGCGAAGUUGAUGAGGACACAGGAUAUUAAAUAUGUGGAAAUGAAAAGAGUGGCAGAAGCCAAGAAAAUCGAGCGGCUGAAGUCUGAGCUCCACCUUCUGGGUGCCGAGGGGAAGGGCCCCGGCCAGCACCUCUUCUUUUUUGAUACUAGAAGGGAAGUUCAGGAGUUUGACAUUGCAGCUCACCUGGAUACUGUUCCAGAGCUCGUGGACAGGGUGUACAACCGACCGACCAUUGCCACGUUGCAGAAAGAGACGCUGAAAGGAGCUACUGAUCCUGCCCACUUAAAGAAAUUAGCCCAGCAAAGGAAGAAUCAGUAUGACCUCCUGAAGCAGCGCAUUGAAAGAGAAAAGGCCAUGUUCGUUGUUGCACAGAAAAUCCAGACACGUAAAGAUCUUCUGGACAAAACUCAUAAAGUAAAAGUGAAGAAAGAGACAACAAAUGCUCCAGCUAUCUACAAAUUCAAAUUUCAGCGGAAACGUUAA